GUUACUACGCUACAGCAAUGGCCAUUGCCCCUAUCAAUGAGUAGUGAAUGGAAUGUUAUGCAAUAUUUAAAUAGUUUUUUAGUAGCAGUUAUGAGACAAGCAAGUGGAAUCAGUAUGACUAUAUUUAUACCAUGGACGCGGAACAGUGGACUACCAUCUAUCUGGGUUGCUGCUUCAUGAUUUUAUUUUCUGCGGAAUUCACCACUUUAAACUUACAAAAGACGAUAAUUUCUAGUAUCCAAGAUGAGAGGCCAGAGUUCCAAGUGGAGGGAUACUCGGUACAUGGAGUCACAUACUCGGUCACGUGUCUCAGCUUCUGGCUGGCCCCAUCUAUCGUCAGCGUCACGGGUCCCAUUUUGGGCAUGACGCUUGCUGCUCUCGGAUACUCGAUGUACAUGCUUGCUCUAAGCUUGGAACAAACGUGGUCCAUCUAUUGUGGAGCUGUUGUGGUGGGAGUCUCAGGUUCUAUUCUCUGGACAGCCGAGGGAAAGUACCUGGUGACUAGCUCCACACCCGAGCGGUUCCCCCGCAACAUUUGCAUAUUUUGGAUGUUGUUCAUGUGUGCAAUGUUUCCUGGGAAUUUAUACGCAUAUUUUCAACUGGAGGGGAAAGAAAUACUUGGACCGAGAGACUCGGCGUAG